AUGGAAGAUAGAGGCCGCGCCGAGCUGGCUGCAGCAUUUAGUACAUUAAAUCUUGUCCAAACACGUCACAUAAUACCAAUCUUCAAGGCACAAAGCGAUGAAGUCGCCAUAAGUCUCCAAAAUGUUAAAAGAUUCAUUCAGGAUCUCGAAGAGCAAGCUCGAUCGUCCAUUGAAAACUAUCAACGAGCUUCUCAUAAAAGAAGGCAGAUAUUGGAGCGGAGUCUCCGUAAAAAGUUGGCAAACUGCGAACAAGCAUUGAUGGACGCCAAGAAGCGCCAAAAAGCUCUUGAGGUGAAAGAAAUGUUGCGUGUUACUGUUGAUAAGAUGAUAAGAAAGCAUUUGAAGAGUUUGCUGGAGAGAGAGGCGACUGGAAAAAACGCCUGA